AUGAUUUUCAUAGUUGUUUUUUGUUGGUUACUAAGUCUUUCGAUCUUUUCAUCAUCUCAAGUGAAAGCCGAUACAUGCGACACUUAUAAUCAUCCACAAUAUGGUAUUGGUCAAUGUAUUGAUGUUAGUCAAUGUCCUAAUGCUUUAUAUCAAUCGGGUUUAUGUGAAUCAAAACCAGUAAAUAUUAAAUGUUGUUUUUCAUUAAGCCCUAUAAAAGAAGAAUUUCGAGCCGUUUGGAUUGCUACUGUAACUAAUAUUGAUUGGCCAUCAUCAAGAACAGCUACACCAACUGAACAACAAGCCGAAUUAAUCAAUAUUCUCAAUACAAUUCAAGGAUUGAAUAUGAAUGCUGUUGUUUUUCAGAUCCGUCCUGUUGGUGAUGCUUUCUAUGCUUCAACAUUAGAACCAUGGAGUUUGUAUUUAACUGGUACACAUGGUAAAGCACCAUCACCAUUAUGGGAUCCAUUGACAUUCAUUGUAACUGAAGCUCAUAAACGUAAUAUUGAAGUACAUGCUUGGCUCAAUCCAUAUCGUGCUCGAAUGUCUGGUGCAACUUAUGAACUUGCAUCAAAUCAUAUGGCUAAACGAUUUCCAAAAUAUGCUUAUACAUAUAAUAAAUAUAUAUGGAUGGAUCCAGGUUCAAUUGAAGUUCAACAAUUUAUUGUUAAUGUUACUGAAGAUAUUGUUCAUCGAUAUGCUGUUGAUGGUAUCCAUAUGGAUGAUUAUUUUUAUCCAUAUAGUGAUGGAACUGAAUUUCCUGAUGCAGCAACUUAUGUAGCAUAUCAACAAACAGGUGGUACAUUAAAUAAAAAUGAUUGGCGUCGUUUUAAUGUAAAUACUUUAAUUCAAGCAAUGUAUACAAGAAUGCAUGCAAUUAAACCAAAAGUUAAAUUUGGUAUUUCACCAUUUGGUAUUUGGAAAAAUGGUGUACCACAAGGUAUAACAGGUCUUUCAUCUUAUGAUAGUUUAUAUUGUGAUAGUCGAAUGUGGUUAGAACAAGGUUUAGUUGAUUAUUUGACGCCACAACUUUAUUGGCAAAUUGAUCCACCAGCACAAUCGUAUCCUGUUCUUCUUAAUUGGUGGAUACAACAAUCCAAAAUAGGUCGUCAUGUUUAUCCUGGUAAUGCCGUUUAUCGAAUUCUUCCAACUGGUUUAAAUUGGUCAGUAACUGAAAUUGUUCGACAAGUUAAUAUAACUCGAUCGAUGCGUGAACGUUUAGCACUUGGAAAUGUAUUUUAUUCAGUAAAACAAAUUAUGCAAAAUGUUAAAGGUAUUCAAACUGAACUUGCAACACUUUAUAAACAAAAGGCUAAAACUCCAAAAAUGAACUGGCUUUAA